GUUGAGCCUUAGCACACAGAGCACUCUGACAUGCCCUAAGAAGCAUUAAAUAGCUCAGCACAGAUGUGGGCUCACAGUGCUCUGUGGGCAUCGCGUUUCCAUUGGGCACCUCCACAUCCCAUCCAGGUGGGACUGAAUCCCACUCUGGGACUUCAGAUGGCUGCAACGCAGUGAGGAUGAGCCUGGAUGCUGCGAUGAAGGUGUCUCCAUGAGUGCAAUCUUGCAGAUGACAGCGUUUGGUCUCACUCUCCUCUCAGCUCUAUUCCUCCUCCUUGCCACGUGCACUGACUGCUGGAUGGUGAAUGCUGAUGACAGCUUGGAGGUGAGUCACAAAUGCCGGGGGCUUUGGAGGGAAUGUGUCACCAACAUGCAGGAUGGGGUGAGGACCUGUGACCAGUAUGACUCCAUUUUGGCAGACCAUCCAGUGAAGAUCGUGGUGACACGGACGCUGCUGAUCACGGCGGAUCUCCUGGUGGGCCUGGCUUUGGCUACUUUGCUCCUUGGGCUCGACUGCAUCAAGCUCCUCAAGGAAGAACCUUGUGUCAAACUGAAGAUGUGCUACGGGGCUGGUGUCAUCCUCGGCAUUGGGAGUAUCCUGGGUCUCGUGGGCUCUGUGUGGUAUGCAGUGGAUGUCUACGUGGAGAGGGCCAUGCUGGUGUCCCAUAACCUCUUCCUGGGGGUCCACUAUGACUUUGGCUGGUCCUGCUGGCUGGGGAUGGCUGGCUCCACAGGCUGCUUUGUGGCAUCUGUCCUGCUCACCUGCUGCCUCCAUGCCCACACAGCCCCCAGCCAUCCUCGGGGACCUCAGCGCCGUGCUGUCACCAGCAAGAUGUACACCAUGAACUCCCGUGUGUGAUGGGCAGCAGCAGCUCCCACCCAAGGCCAAGGACAGUCCCACCUCACUAAAGCACCUUCACCUACGUGGGACAGCUCAGCAAUGUCAUGCAGUAAGAUGAGAUGCUGAAGCCUUGGGGAAUGGAAUCAUUUGAGUUGAAAGGGGCACUUCGAGGUCAUCUUUUCCAACUGCCCCGCAGUGGACAGAGUGCUUUAAGCUCCUGUCGUACCCUGCAGCUGUACCAGCAAUGCUUGUUGCCUCUGUGGGAGCAGCAAAGUAGCUCUCCACUCAUUGCCACACAGCUGCUGUGGAGGAAUUCAGCGAAAAGCCUCAUCUGCACAGAGCAACACUGACUCCACGUGGCUGCCGGGCCCGGCAGUGCAGCAGGCAGUGUGACACUGAAGCUGCUGGCCUGGAGCUGUUAUUCAUGUGCCACUCCAUCACUGCGUACAAAGCAGUCUGGAAAAUAACAGAGGUGCUCCUGCUGCAAUGCUGGGUGUUAAAGCCCACACGUAAAGGAUUGUUCUCCAAAUUAACGAUUUCCCUCUUCACUCACAAACCGCUUUGAAAACAACCAGAACCACAAACCAACGCGCUCCCUGUCGCUGAGGUGGAUCUCCCCUGAUUUCAAGCUCAGCUUAUAAGCCAAAGAAAGGGAAAGGGAAAGCCUCGCGGCCCUGCAGCGACUGUGAGCUGCUGUCCAACAGCUCCGCGGUUCCAAGAACGGCUCUCUUACAGGAGGAACCCGCUGCUCUAUUGGGCAGCUGGAAACGCUGAAAGGCAUUUAGAGACGCAUCGGGCUGCUAAUGGCUGGUGCUUGAGCACAUAGGGAAGCAAUUAAGAAGAGCAAGCAUUAGCAUGAUAAAAGCAGAGCGCUCAUUAGCGGGUAGAAAGGGAAGCCACAGGUCGCACUCAGAGCUGCCUUCAGCCCCAGCGGCAUCCAUCGGACGGCUUUGGCAGUGACUCACCUGUGGAAGCGCCAGUCCACGUGCUGAGCCACGAGCAGCAGCCUUUGCACCGUCCCAGGUGAGCAGCGUUCCCCCUCCCCGUGCCCAAAAGCUUUUGGAACAGUUUGACCUCAAGCACCUCUCAUCACCCUGUGGCUUUUACCCCUGAGCAGAGCUGAGGGCACAAACUCACAGUGCAGGAGCUCUGCCUUUCAAUGUUCAAAUACUUAUCGCUGAACCAUUAAAGCAGUUUUUCCCCAAGCCAGCGCUCAGCCGACACGUUCUCAUAGAGGUGGGUUUGAAAGAACCAAGAGCACGCUGUAAUUAACUUUAAGACCUUUAUUAACAGAUGCUUGCAGUUUGACUUGAAAAAAUCAGGCGUACUUUUCAUACAAAUUAAAAAUGAGGUUCUUAAAAAUCUCAACUUGACCAGAUAUGAAACAAUUUAAAAACCUUUAAAGGUGUAUUGAGAAAAAACAGACUUUUAAAAAACGUGUUUAUUGUUUCCAAAAGGAGACUUCUUUAGGUAAAAAUAAUAAAAACCCCAUGCUGCAUAGAUAAUGCAGAUAGUUCUAGUAAUCUGGUCAA